UAAAGUGCAGGGAAUAUUCACGCGGCCGGGACAAAGGCGCGAGGCGGAAGGGAUCCUGCCGUAAACUUCCGCACGCGCUACCGGAGAUCAGACGAUCGGAGCAUCAGAAGAGCUCGCGCGACGGGCCGGUACCGGAGCGUCGGUGCAGCGGCCAGCGAUGGGACUGUAAUCCGCCGCGGAGUGCAGCCGUGCUGCCCCUACCUGCCACACACUCCGCCUGCGCUGCAUGCCUGGCUGCGGUGUGUUUACCCAGGUCACGCUCCGCUCCGCAAACCCGAGGCUCCGAGCAGGCCGGACCAGCCCGGAUCAGCCCGCUGUCUGCUGCGCCAGGUGUGCCUGAUUACCUUCCGGAGCGGGGGACCCGGACGGUGAGAUGGGAGUGAAAACCUUCACGCACAGCUCGCCCGGCCACAGCCAGGAGCUGCUGCAGAAGCUGAACGCUCUGCGGAGGGAGGGCCAGCUCUGCGACGUCACCAUCCGCGUGCAGGACCAGGUCUUCCUGGCGCACCGGGUGGUGCUCGUCUGCUGCAGCGACUUCUUCCGGGCCCAGCUGCUGGGCCGGCCGGAGCAGCAGGACCAGGUGGUGCUGGACCUGCACCACGUGACGGUGAGCGGCUUCAGGCCGCUGCUGGACUAUGCCUACACCGCCACGCUGUCCAUCAACACCGAGAACAUCAUCGAUGUGCUGGCCGCCGCCAGCUACAUGCAGAUGUUUGCUGUGGCCAGCACCUGCUCGGAAUUCAUGAAGUCCAGCAUCCUGUGGAGUGCAGGGGGCGUGGCCCAGGACAGGCGGGCGGAGCCGGGCCCAGACAGCGGCGCGGCCUGCACUCUGACCCUGCAGGAGGGCAGCCUGUCGCCCGUGUCGUCGGAGUGCAGUGUGGUGGAGCGGGCGCUGCCCGUGUGCCACGAACCGAGCCGUGAAUCCCGCCGCAAGCGCAAGGCCUUCCUCGCCACGUCCCCCGAGAGCCCGCUGAAGUGUAGCGCGCCUGCCCCCAACCCCUCCCCCUCCUUCCCAGAAGCCCCGGCGCAGCCCGGCGACUCCUCGCUCGCCUUCCCCUGGACCUUCCCGUUCGGCGUGGACCGCCGUUACCACAGCGACAAGGCCAAGGCCCCUGACCUGCCGGCGCCGGGCCCCUCGGAUGGCUCUCUGGCGACGGAAGAGGAUGUGCAGGUGAAGGUGGAACGUCUGAGCGAUGAGGAGGUGCAGGAGGAGGCGUCGCAGACCGUCAGCGGCUGCCAGAGCUCCCUGAGCGACCAGCAGACCGUCCCCGGCAGCGACCCCCCCCAGGAGGAGCUCCUGAUCAGCCCACAGUCCUCCUCUAUCGGCUCCGUGGAUGAGGGGGUGGCAGAAGGGCUGCCCUCCAUGCAGGGCACUUCGAACCCGGGGGGCCAGGCGGAGGAGGAUGAAAGGUUAGAGAGCGUUCAGUACCCGUACCACCUGUACAUCAGCCCCUUGGCCCGACUGGGGACGAACGGACCCGACAAGCCCUUUCAGUGCCCCACCUGCGGAGUGCGGUUCACCCGCAUCCAGAACCUGAAACAGCACAUGCUUAUCCACUCAGGCAUUAAGCCCUUCCAAUGUGAUCGCUGUGGGAAAAAGUUCACAAGGGCCUACUCGCUAAAGAUGCACCGUCUGAAGCACGAAGGUAAACGCUGUUUCCGGUGCCAGAUCUGUAGCGCCACUUUCACUUCCUUCGGUGAAUAUAAGCACCACAUGAGGGUGUCCCGCCACAUAAUCCGCAAGCCGCGGAUUUACGAGUGCAAAACGUGCGGAGCCAUGUUUACCAACUCUGGCAAUUUAAUCGUACACCUGAGGAGUCUGAACCAUGAGGCGUCCGAGCUAGCAAACUACUUCCAGAGCAGUGACUUCCUCCUGCCCGACUACCUGAGCCAGGUGCAGGAGGAGGCUCUAGGGCAGUACGAGCUGGUGGGUCAGAGCUUCGAAGGGAACGCUGCUGUCCAGAUGCCAGUCAUCUCCCAGGUCUCCUCCUCUACCCAGAACUGUGAAAACACCUUCCCUUUGGGUCCGCUGACUGACAAGGAGGAGGAAGAGGAAGAUGAGGAAGAGGGGGCAGGGUCAGAGGAGCCAAAGACUGUCGCCAGUGGCAGCCCCCCAGAUGUCUCUGAGGAGGAGAGCCAUCAGACAAAGGAACUGGAGUCCAUCACAAUCGAGUAACAGUCCCUCAAAGCCCCACCCCCUUCCACACAAGCCCCACCCCCUUCAUCAUAAGCCCAGUCACUUUUGACAUAAGCCCCGCCCUCAACACAAGCCCCGCCUCCUUCACCACAAACCCCACCUUUGGAAAGUGCCUGAAUUCCUUUCUGUGACCUUCAGAAGCUCCAUUGUAAUGAGGUCAAAACCUGACAUCUUUCCAGGUCACAACUUGAACAAUAAGCAACAACUUUCUUUUUUCUAUGUGCUGAAUUUAACUUAAUU